AUGGCCUCUUUGGUCAAAGCUAAUAAUCUUAUUAUACGUCGUCCAGCAUUAUUUGUUUAUAAAUAUAUUAAACAACUUGCAUUUGAUUAUCGCGAUGCAUUAAUUGAUACAGGAAAAAAUCUUGUUAAACGUCCAAUAAAAACAAUAUUUUAUUCAUCAAAUAUAUGUUUUUUUAUCUAUGCAUAUCGAACAAUGCCAUCAUUUAAUUCGUAUAAAAAUGAUUUAGUACAAUUUCGUCAACAACAAAUCUUAACAUCAAGUCUUAUACGUAAUAAACAAGUGGAAAAUUAUAUCGAUACAAUUGAACAAUUAUUAUUACGCGAACAAAUACAUUUUGUUGAUUGUUAUCUUUUUUCAUUGAUUAUUUACAAGAAUCAACAUCGUACAAAUGAAUUUUCAUAUAAAUUCUAUGAGAAUGUAUGUAAAUAUCUUCAUUUAAAAAGAAAUGCAAGAAUUAUCGAUAUUGGAAUAUGUAAUCGAUGGUUUCAAUUAAAUCGAAAAUUACAACAAGCUGAUAUUUUUGAUGAAAUUAAUAAUAAAAAAAUUGCUUUGUAA